UUCAGCCACACACUGAAACAGCUUUAACCAUGUAAGGGUCUCAGCUAUCCAUGGCAGUCUAUUAUAGGAGGGUAGGAGAUAAGAUAACAUGGGCUGUACAUAAAACCCACCUAGCAUCAUCCCCUGGCUGGGAGCCCACCUUCAUUCAUUCAGACAUGGCAAGCAAGAAAGCUUCCAACAAGAGACAGAGGGGAGGACAGAAAUCCUCCUCAAAUGUCUUUUCCAUGUUUGAGCAGUCUCAGAUACAGGAGUUCAAGGAGGCGUUUGGUUGCAUUGACCAAGACAGAGAUGGUGUUAUCAAAAAACAGGACCUGAAGGAAACUUAUGCACAACUGGGGAAGCUAAAUGUCAAAGAGGAGGAGUUGGAUGAAAUGUUGAAUGAAGGGAAGGGUCCCAUCAACUUCACUGUGUUUCUGACACUUUUUGGGGAGAAACUCAAUGGUACUGAUCCUGAAGACACCAUACUAGCAGCCUUCAAACCUUUUGAUCCUAACGGGACGGGCUUUGUUAAUAAGGAUGAAUUUAGACGACUACUGAUGAAUCAGGCUGAUAAAUUCACAGCAGAGGAGGUGGAUCAGGCCUUCGCUCUCGCUCCCAUAGAUCCAACUGGAAACAUUGACUACAAGUCUCUCUGCUACAUCAUCACACAUGGAGAUGAGAAGGAAGAAUCAUGAACGGGACAGUUGUGUGAAGGCAUAUCCUAACCCUAAGUCCAACUAAACCCAUUUUACCUUGGCUGUUAAUAAUUUGACCUGUCUGCAGUGCAGUGCCGUCCUUGAGUUAGUGAAAGUAAUAAGCCCCAUGCCCAGUACAUGUGAACUUAACUGAAAUCUAAGCCCAAUGAGACGUGGGAGGAACAAUCAAGCAUGAUUUUAAGAUGGGGAAUCCUUUUCUGACACAUGGUCACAGGACCACAUGUGAGAAGAAGGUAAGAAUUUUUGCUCUAGAAAUCAUAUUUAAAAUGACAUAAAUCGUAAAUGACAGAUACAUGUAUGUGUAUGAAGCUGUAUAGAGGGUUUUUGUCAAGUUUCAUGGAGUUUUUAGUAUUUUGAAUGUUCAGGAACUCAGUUUUUCUUUUCGUUGCUUCAGGGCAACGUUGUGAAAUAACGUGUUCUUCUGGAGGGAAACUUUGCUAACAUUGUGUUGGAAUGUAAUCAAUAUUACUUCAUGUAUUUGUGCACAUAUUUGUGCUCAUUUUACAUGUUGCUGACGUGAUGCCUCUUGCACAUUGGGAUGCCAUCAAAAUAAGUCUCCCUUUCAGAGACAGUUGCCAGGCCACAAGAGAUAUGGGUGACUAUGAUAAGUUAAGAUUCAGCCUCUUCUGAAUCACAUGAAGCUGAAAUGGCUUGCAUUAGACAUUGUGUGUGGAUAAGCAAAUGAUGCCAUUUAAGGGCAGUAAAUUGAAGCAGUACCUACCCAGUGAAAAAUGCUGUUUCAAAGUAUUAGUCCUUGCUGGAUUUAUUUUAUUUAUAAAGUCCCAAAUCACAACAAUAUGUUGCAUAGAUGCCAUUCCAAGCAAUUUUGAAGAUUACAUUGAAAAAGCUGUCCAACUGCCUGGGCUUCCAGGUGUAGGGAAAUGUGGUCUCAAAUCCUAAAUUGCACAAAGUUUGUGCAAAUCCAAAGAUGAAAGCAAGAAGAGAGGGCGACCCAGUGGUGGGAUAUCUUAAACGAGUUAUGAGAAGAGGAAGAAGCAGGGACCCACGGCUCUCAAUCCAAAUCAGCAUGUCCACCUGGACAGUGCAUCACUCUGGCCAAUAUGUGACAACCCCCUCAUCACCAACUGGUCGCAGCAGAUAACUACACCACCCUGAGAUUGAUUCUGCUGGAGGUUUCUUGAUAUUAAAAGGGAGUUUUUCCUUCCCGCUGUUGCCAAAUUCUUGCUCUUUGGGGGUCAUGUGAUUGUUGGAGUUUCUUACAUUGUAGGGUCUUUACUUUAGAACAUAAAGCAUCUGAGCUUAGUGCUGUUGUAAUUUUUGGCGCCACAUAAAUAAAAUUGAAUUGAACAAAGGAAGAUGCAGGGUGCCUGGGUGCACAGGACAUCACAAGUGAUUUGUAUAAUGUGCACCUCUAUUUGACACCACAGAAGAACUGUUUUGUGAAGUUUCACACAGAGUGACAGCAAUAUCUGACAACAUGAGAAUCAAUAUGACAAGACACUGGACAAUCAGAACCUAGCCUAUUGUCGUUAAGUGUUUUUCAGUUUUUCGUUUCAUAAUUUUUUGACAUUUUUUGAAGAUUUUCUGAUUGUGCUUUUACUGGUCUCUAACAGUUGUCUUAUGAAUGAGGAUGUCUGGAAUAUUUAUUUUAAAAAGUUUUUUGAGAAUAAAAUGGCCCAAAGCGAAACAGUAAAUGGUGUUGAAUAAAUGUCAUCAUGUACGAUCAAAGUGUGUAGUAGAGGGCUAAAAAUAUCAAAAUGAUGUAAUCAUUUUAAAUAAAAAAAACGUCCCUAUUGAUUUUAAA